UCUUUUUAACCGCCACACGUGUCCGUAUUCUAUUGGAUAAUUCUCGUCGGUGCACAUACUCCGGUGUCACAAACCGUCUCCUUUUUCUUUUUAUAAAUAAGGCGGCUUUACAACUUGUGCAACAAGAAAGUUGAUCUGCUCGUUUCUCAUAUUCAAACAUCGUUUGAUGGUACAAUAGGUUAGCUUCAAAAACCUUCUAAGGACCCUUCUUAAUCUGAAAUUAUUCUGAUUUGCUCUGUUUGUGCUUCUAAAUGGCAUGAGAUGUGCUUUGAAGCAAAAGGUUUCAAACACCAAGAGAAACAAGAUGGUCAGAGCAUAUUCACAAGAGCAUAUUUACAGGCAUCCAUGGGAACGAGUGACUUCUGCAUCGUGGCGCAAGUUUGCUUAUCCUGAGAACAAGCGCGCCCUAUCCCACAUCCUCGAGGUUGAUACGUUGAAUCACAAGCUUGACCCCAGCUCUGGAAAGCUCUACACAAUUCGUGCCAUCACUAUACAUGCACCAGGGCCAUGGUUUAUUCGCAAGAUCAUUGGUCAAGAUAUCUGCCACUGUGUUGAAUCAACUGUUGUAGAUGCACAAUCUCGGUCAAUGCAACUCUCUACUCGAAACAUCAGUCUCGAGAACUUUAUUGAGGUGGAGGAGAAAAUAAGAUACGAUCCGCAUCCUGAGAACCCAAAGUUAUGGACUGUCUGCAAGCAGGAAACCAGUAUUAAGAUUAAGCCCUUGUCAGCACUGGCUUCUAUGGCAGAGAAAAUCGAGCAGAAAUGCGUGGAGAAGUUCCAGGCAAACAGUGCGAAAGGUAGAGAUGUUAUGGAACGGAUGUGCAAGUACUUAGAAGCUGAAUCCAGUGGCAUUUCAGUGUGACCAUGUUCUUGAAUAGCUUUAGUUAGUCUUCUUCUGUGAGUAGUAUUUAGGAUUUGCUCACUUUAGAGAUGAGAGGUGAGAUUUUUUGGUGAAACAUUUGUUGGCCAAUGAGUUUUGCAAGUUCUUGUUGGCAACACAAGGAGUUUCUUUUUUGGUUCAAUCAUUUUUUGUUCAAUCUUUUGAACCUAUUUGUAAACAGCAUUACAUAUAAUAAUAUGGCAAUCCCCAAACUCCCUGA